AUGAAGUUGAUACGCAAGUAUCAUGUUAUUCCUUAUGAAAACGGAUUCGCCCUAGAGUCUGCGAAGCGGUUCUUAGAAACUAUCCUAUCGGACACUAGCCUGGAUGACAGCACAAAAUGCCGAUUCUAUCAAGACAUGCUUUACCGUAUACGUAAUCAUAGUGAUAUGCCUAUUGUCAACGACGAAAUGAUGUCAAUUGUACGCGAAAACUAUAAUCUACACUCUGCACUAACUACAGUAAAUGAAAACAUGAAGGAUGAGGUGAAAAGGGAAGAAGGAAUGGAGCAAGAGGUUGUGAAAAAGGAAGAAGAAGAAGUGGAUUCAACAAAGACAGAGCCUACUAUCGAGGAAACGUUUGGCGAGUAUAUGCAACAUGAGAUUAAACCAAAAGCACUCAAAAAGGAACUAAAGGAUGAAAAAUUUUUGCCGUAUACGACUACAGUUCCCGUAAAGAAGGAAAUCUUGCCAACAAAAGUCGUUCAAGACACCCCACAGCCUCCGAAAAUUGCUCAAACAGUGUCAGAUUCACGUAAUGUUGGACCAAUGCACAACUAUCGUGGCUUUCCCGACUAUCGUUAUGUACCCUACAAGGCUCCCAUGAAGAAAAGACGUAUUUCACAACAAACACCAAAUAGAGGAGUGAAGAGAAAGGCUGAAGAUGAUGGUCCAGAAGAGGGAAGGAAACGAGGAAAGUGGGAUAUUUCAUCGAUAAAUGGUUUAAAAAAUGAGAACGUAAAAGUCUCGGCAUCGGCGAGGAAGAAGAAUAAGAAGAAGAAUGGAGUAAAGAAAGAAAAUGGAGGCAUGAACCCCAAGAAAAGGGGGGUGGAGCAUAAAGGGGAGGACUACCGUAUAAUCAAGAAGGAGAUUAAGUCAGAAGACGUCAAACCGGUCAAGAAGGAGAUUAAGUCAGAAGACUUCAAACAUGUGAAGAGCGAGAUCAAGUAUGAAGAGGGCAAACCUACAGUUAAGACUGAGACUUUUAUUAAACCUAUUGUUAGACGUAAGAUUAAAAAAUACCCGAAACGUCAAGACGAAAAAUCCACAUCAAGACGUGAGGCUAACAAUAGAAGCAAUAUUCACCUACCCCAAAAGUCCAAAAAACGCGAAAUCAAAGACAAUGGAACCAUUUGGCAAAAAAUAAAGAAGGAACCUGACCAUGUGACAAACGAUCCUGAGCGUUUGAAAGAAGAAGAUCUACAGCGUGCGAAAGAAGAGGAGACUGUACCUACAAAUUUGAAACGAAAACUUGUAAGUGGACGCGUCCGUGGUGAGCCAAAAAAAAAGUACAUGAAAUUGGAAAAGAAGAGAAGGGUGCCAAAGAAAAAGCGAGGUGUUAUGAAUGCACGAAAACGUAAAUUAGACUCUACGAUACCCGAUUCCACCAGCACGGAACCUCCUUCCAAACGUCGUGUUAUUCGAGGCUCGGGUGCGGCUCCUCCUGGUUCCCGAAUUUAUUGCAGGCUCUGGAAAUUUUAA